AUGGACGCAAUCGAUUCCCGUAAAAGGGUUGUUCGAUUCUCGAUUCCUGGCCGAAAACGGUGCCGGGCUCUUGUCUGGACGGGCCUCUCUUCAUGCUACCCUGUGCCCGCAUAUCCUCCUUCCAAUCAUCACUUUGAGAUACCGUCUUGUUCCACCUCUCAGUCUUCAAGCUCCUACAGAACCAUUGCUUGGGGUCAAGAAGAGCUUGAGAGAGAGCUCGAGACAUCCGUCUUGGACGCUUGUCGCUCCGGCAGGGGUUGGGAUGCACUUUGUCCCGAGUUUAGGCGUAUCCACCAGUGGGACGUCGGAGAAGUCCACGCUCACUGCACGCAAAAUGCAGACUGUCCGUUCAAAAAGAGCUACAUCGAAGCCGUGUCCCAGAUCACAGCCGACGGGAAACUCAUCCGAUUCAUUCGUCCUGCCGUAUACCCUGCCAUCUCUCAAGCCCAUCUCCUCGGCCGCCACGAGCAGUGCACAUGUCCCAUUACCCGCACCGCUCCAGGAAUGCCCCCAAGCCGCCCGGACCACGAGGAGAUAUUCGAAAAGCUCCCAUUCGACACUCCGAGAGUGAAGAGGCUACACGACGACAGGUACCUCCUGCUCGACCACCCCCUGCGCGUCUGGACCGUCCUGCAGUCUCCCAGAGCCACGUACGACGAUGCCCAACUAGGCGAUCUGAGUCUACCGUCCGUCAUCGCAUCAGGUACCCUAACUCCCUUCCCAGCCGGCACCUCGAUGCCCCUCGCGGGCAUCACCUGUCCCUGCUACGACGAGGUGCAUGGCUCCGGCGCCGCGCUCAAAGCCCAAGCCGAGCUUGCUUCCUGUCUUGUUGCUGCUGCUGCUACCUCUCACCCCUCCGCAAUUCUUGAUACUCCCAACAACAACAACACAGCCGAAGCAUCCACACACCCCUUCGCCAAAGCCCGCGCGGCGAUCGCGAGGCGGUACCGCGCCGCAUUCCCGUGGCUGGACCCAGUCGCUCUCGCCGUAAAGGUCACGCAGGACUGCUAUAACCUCGCGGACGAAUACGAGGAUGUCCUGCGGGGGAGCAUCUCGGAUGACGAGAUCAUUGCGUUCUACGCCUCUGAGGCGUUUGCAGCCGACGGAUGCCACGAAGAUGUCGAGCGCGAGGAGAACGAGCGCCAGAGGCAUGCAGACCCAGGCGGGGGAGGAGGAGAACACGACCGCGAUGUUUUCUGUGCCGGCGCUGUCGUCGCCCUGGAGCACAAGUACGCGCAUGUAUACCCGUGGAUGUCGCCCCGGUUCGUCAGCGAUACGGCGGCCAGUGAUGCGCGGUGGUUGCAGAGUCAGGCGCUGGCUAGGGGGCCGGAGAAGCGGCUGCUGGCUGACGGGCAGAUUAUCGGCUUCUUUGGGGCUGAGAAGUGGGAGUGA